AUGCGAGGGUCGGAAUUCGAGAAUCGGGUUCGACACGCAGCAAAGCCUAAAUCUCCUACUGAAUCGCCAGCUCCAAGGCUCUCUAAUGGCCCUGAUGCUGAUGCGCUGAGGGCAGCCCUGAGUGACGCCGUCGCAUCCCCGGUCCCGGCUCCAUCACCAAGUAGGAAGAGGCAGCGGAUAGUUUACGGUGAUAGGUUUAUACCGAAUCGCGAAGGGGUGGAUUUGCAAGCUAGCUACAGCUUGCUGCAUGCCGAUGGUUCGCCUUCAACCCCUUCGAAACCAAAGAAAAGAACACCACAUGGCGAGCUCCAUUUUCAAAAGACCGAAGAAGCCAACCGGACUUUUUCAACGCUCCUCCGUUCUGAGCUUUUCCACAAUGAGAUUCCCCAGGGCUCACCAUCAUCACUAACAACUCGUAACUCUGCCCGCGAUUCUGCCCGCGCACCAACACCUCCUGCGACCAACAGCUCGACCAACACCCCCGCCACGCCUUCAAAGAACCUUUUUACUUAUAUGUCACCAAAGACACGGACUCCUCAAACCCGACAUGGACCCAACGUUGAUACUAGAUCUGAAAUAUACUCCCUAUCCCCUGUUAGGUUCGACAGUCAGCGAAUGCUUCUAUCACCCAGAAAACAACCAAGGGCUGUAAGUAAAGUACCAUAUAAGGUACUUGAUGCGCCCGAACUGGCAGAUGAUUUUUAUCUAAAUCUAGUGGAUUGGGGGAGCACAAAUAUUCUGGGUGUAGGUCUGGGCAGUUGUGUUUACAUGUGGAAUUCGGCCUCAGGAAUGGUAACAAAACUAUGCGAUUUGGGGACAGAUGAUAAAGUCACGAGCGUUUCUUGGAUACAAAGAGGAUCACAUGUUGCAAUAGGGACAAAUAAAGGAUAUGUCCAGAUAUGGGAUGCGAAGGAGUGCCGCCGGUUACGAGUAAUGACAGGACACACAGCUCGAGUUGGUGCUCUUGCCUGGAAUGAUCAUAUCUUGACAUCCGGUUCACGUGACCGAACAAUAUAUCAUCGCGAUGUCCGUGCGCCUGAUCAACAUAUCGCAAAACUUGUAGGCCACAAGCAGGAAGUUUGUGGGUUAAAAUGGAAUUGUGAAGACGGACAACUAGCAUCAGGGGGGAACGACAACAAACUUUUCGUGUGGGACAAACUUAGUGAGCAACCGCUAUACAAGUUUACAGAGCAUACAGCAGCAGUAAAAGCGAUUGCAUGGUCACCCCAUCAGCACGGCACGUUAGCAUCAGGUGGGGGUACAGCGGACCGAAGAAUAAAAUUCUGGAACACCUUAACGGGACAGCCUAUAAGUGAAAUCGAUACCGGAAGCCAAGUUUGCAACCUUGCGUGGAGUAAAAACUCAAAUGAGAUUGUCAGCACGCACGGAUACUCCGAAAAUCAAAUUGUUGUCUGGAAAUAUCCUAGCAUGACACAAGUUGUCAGCCUCACGGGGCAUACCUACAGAGUGUUAUACCUAGCGAUGUCACCCGAUGGACAAGUCAUUGUUACCGGUGCCGGCGACGAGACAUUGCGAUUCUGGAACUGCUUUGCAAAAAACAAGAAUGAGGGCCGUAUGAGUAUAGCGUUGGAUCCAUUCCAGCAAAUACGAUAA